GCUUGAGAAAAUACCUAGUAGAUUUUGUGAGAGGCAAUUCUCAAUUCCAAGUCUUCCUCUAGAGAUUUUGUGAGUUUUUUUCCCUUCGAUUUCGAAUCGACCGAGAAUACGCUGAGUGUCGCGACUACGAUGAAGCCUCCAACGUCGGUGAGACCUUAUGUAAGAUCAAAAGUGCCGCGGCUGCGAUGGACUGACGAUCUCCACCGUUGUUUCGUUGAGGCCGUCGAAAGCUUAGGAGGCGAAAAUCGAGCAACUCCUAAGAUGGUUUGGGAACUGAUGGAUGUGAAGGGCCUCUCAGUAUCUCAUGUCAAGAGCCAUUUGCAGAUGUUCAGAAGCAUGAAGCAGGAACGGAUGCUACAAGAGGUGGAAAUGGCGAAUAGAAACCCUAGAAUGGCGGCGAAUCAGGCGAUUUGGGAGUUCCAACAAUACCAUUAUUUUGAGCAGCUUAGAAGAUUUGGCUACAUCAUGUCCGACCCUCAGAGGGAAGAAGAGAAUAUAAUUCAAUUCGGGAGCUCGGAAGAGACAGGUGGCGGAGAGAGCAGUAAUCUCCAUGAUAACCAAAUCGAGAAUGAUCAUGUCAUUUGCCAGAGUCUAUACGAGCGUUCAACCGUGAAGAGAAGACGCAGAGGAAAGGCUCGAGGUUUAGAGAGUUCAAAAGGGGAGGAAGAGGAAUGUGGUCUGACGUUGUCCCUGAACCUGGAGCCACCUGCCGCUGAGAGCUCAAGCCACCAUGAAGACUUGUCCCUUGACCUCACUCUCGCUCCUACUUCCAAGCCCUGAUGAGCUCUAUACCCUCAUAUCCCUAUAAACAUUGCAGAGAGAGAGAGAGAGAAUAUGAACUGAUUUAUUUCUCUAUUUCAUAUAAACAAUGAAUAAAUUUCAUACCA